AUGAAGCACAUGAAUGAAAGUUUUCCAGUGGAUUUUAUUCUUAUGGGCCUUACCAAAUAUCCAUGGCUGGAUUUUCCUCUCUUCUUUGUCCUCCUGGUGUCUUAUAUGUUCACAUUGUUGGGAAACAUUGCUAUUAUUCUGGUCUCUCAACUAGACUCCCAACUCCAAAAUCCCAUGUAUUUCUUCCUUACCAAUCUUUCCUUUCUGGAUCUCUGUUUUACCACAACAACUGUACCUCAAAUGCAGUUCAACUUAGGGGGGCCCAACAAGAACAUCACUUAUAUAGGCUGCAUGGCCCAGGCCUAUAUAUUUCAUUGGCUAGGCUGUACAGAAUGUAUCUUGCUAGGUAUCAUGGCCUUAGAUCGCUAUGUGGCCGUGUAUAAGCCUCUGAGGUACUCUGUAAUCAUGGAUCAUAAGCUCUGCCUACAGCUGUCCAGCACUGCUUGGCUCACUGGACUGGCUAAUUCACUGCUGCAGUCCACACUUACACUCCAGCUGCCCCUGUGUGGGAACCAGGUACUGGACCACUUUUUUUGUGAGCUGCCUGGUCUUAUUAAGAUGGCUUGUGGGGACACCACAAUCAAUGAGAUUAUUUUAGCAGUAGUGGCCACCCUCCUGAUAAUGGGUCCCCUCUCCAUGAUUCUUAUCUCUUAUACUUACAUUGCCAGAGCUGUAUUUCGAAUCCCUUCCACUUCUGGGAGACUUAAAGCUUUCAACACUUGCUCCUCACACUUAUUGGUGGUGUCUUUGUUUUAUGGGCCUGGGAUCUACAUCUAUAUGCAGCCCUCAGCGGAUGGUUCCCAAGACCUUAUCAAAGUCUUGACUCUGUUUUACUGUGUUAUUACUCCAAUGGCCAAUCCAUUCAUCUACACUCUGAGGAACAAAGAAGUUAUAGAAGCUAUGAGGAAGUUUUUAAGGAAGGCCAUUUCAUCUAAAAGAAUAUGA